AUGCACCGCCCAUUCCGGUCUCUUGCGCAGGUUAGCGAGCUUGCAACAGAUACACAAAUUAGCUGUGACAGGCGGACGGUCACACAAAAUCACAAAUCACCAGUGCAGGACAUUCUUGUCCCUCUCUCGCCUGGUACGAUGUACGACUAUGUACGACAACUGUUUCCCUCUCCUCUUCAUUCUAGCAGUCUCGAAAGCAAACAUACGUACAUACGCAGCCCUCUGUCACUCGAGUACGGCAGCACGGCAAUGUACAGCACCCUGUACGGGUCCGGUCGGACCGAGAGGGAAAAACGACACAGGACAGAAGAAAGAAAAGCGAAGAUUGCUACCAUUCGAUUUGCGAGCAUGUACGACACGGUAACGAGCCCUAAGUUACGUUUCCAGAUGAAAUCGGCAUCCCCCACAUGUACACCUCAGAAAAGAAAAGGCGAGAACGCAUGGACAGACCCGCGGGUCGGUGUACUCAAACCGAACUCCAAGAAAUCGGCUAAAUCGAUAGGGGCGGGAAGGCGCCCGCCCUUAUCUCGCUUCCUCGCCCCUUCCGUCGUCGUCAUCAUCAUCAUCAUCAUCAUCACCAUCAUCACCAUCACCAUCACCACCACUACCAUCACAACCAUCAUCAUCAUCAUCAUCAUCGUUAUGAUUAUGAACAGCAUCUUCGCCCCUCGCACCCGACCAGACUGUAAUAACCGCGGCGGCUGUCGUAUACCGCCGCUGACGUUGCUGCCCGGCGUUGUGGUGGCCGUGCACACAAGACCGAGCUGCAGCUGCAGCCGACCCGCCGCUGUAGCUGUGCGACUGCUACUGCCGUUGGGAAAAGACCCGGCAGCGGCUGCGGCAGUAGCGCAAGAAGAGGGGGAAGAGGAGGAGGAGGAGGGGGGAGGCACGGGGACCGCCUGCACCGCCACCGGCGCCGCCGUGGGAUCGGCCGGCGCCGUCGGCGCCGCUGCAGCCAUCGCCGCGGCGGCAGCACAGCCUCCGCUGACGGCAGCGGCGCUAUCCAGCGGUGUGCGAGCGGUGGUGCUACUGCCGCUACCGCUGCUGCAGGCCCUGAUGCUGCUGCUACAGCCUCCCGCCUUUUGGAACCCAAUGACGCUAACGCUGUCCACAACCUCGCGGCUGGACGGGCUAGCAGCAGCGGCAGUAGCGGCGGCGGCGGCGGCACCGCUGCCGGCGCGGCUGAGAACCACCGAAGGUGACGCUUCGCCCGGCGUCAAGGCCGCCGCCGCCGCCAUCAUGCCGCCGCCGCCGCUACUGCUGCUACCGCCAUCACCCCCGCUUUCGAGAGAACUUGUACGGGACAAGGAUGACGUGUACAAACCCGUAUUCUCGCAAUAG